UAACCAUGUCCAACUCCAAUCUUCAACUCUCUCUCCUCUUCUUCCUCCUUUCUCUCUCCUCUCUCCAUUCUCUCACUCUCCCCUCCGACAUCGCCGCCCUAAAAUCCUUCAUAUCCGCCGUCAAACCCGACACCAUCCCUCCCACCUCAUGUCUCGGAUCUUGGAAUUUCAAAUCCGACCCGUGUGCCUCUCCUCGGGUCACCCAUUUCAUAUGUGGCCUCACUUGUAAUUCCUCCUCAAUCCCUUUCCGGGUCAUUCAAAUCACCCUCGACCCGGCUGGAUACUCCGGUACCCUUUCUCAAACUAUCUCAAAUCUCUCAAACCUCGCCGUCCUAGACCUCGCCGACAACAAUUUCUCCGGCCAAAUUCCUCCCUCUCUCUCCUCUCUUUCAAACCUACAACAACUAAUCCUCCGAUCAAAUUCCUUCUCCGGCGGUAUUCCACCGGAGAUCAGAAACCUUAAAUCUCUCGAAACCCUUGAUCUUUCUCAUAAUUCACUAUCAGGGUAUUUACCUAAUAUCAAUUCUCUUUCCAAUUUGAAAACAAUUGAUCUUAGUUACAAUCAAUUAACCGGGUCGAUUCCAAAACUACCCACAAACAUAAUUGGAUUCACGAUGAAAGCCAACAAGCUUUCUGAACCCCUUUCCAAAUCAUCAUUCGCCGAUUCAACUCAGCUCGAGGUAGUCGAACUCAGUGAAAACUCUAUACCCGGUAAUCUCCAAGCUUGGUUCUUUCUUAUCCCAUCUCUUCAACAAGUAAACCUAGCCAAUAAUAGCUUAAAGGGUAUUGAGAUUUGGAAACCGGUGAACGGAAUUAGCGAUCUUGUCGCCGUCGAUCUGAGUUUCAACGGGAUAAAAACGAAUUUACCGGCGAACUUUUCUUCUUAUCCUUCUUUGGCUUCUCUGUCUCUACGUUAUAAUCGAUUUCGUGGACCUAUUCCAUGGGAGUUUGGUAAAUUGAAAAGAUUGUUUCUUGAUGGGAAUUUUCUAAAUGGGAGACCACCUAAGACGUUGUUUACCGGCGAGUCGCCGGCGUAUGGAAGUUUAGGAGAUAACUGUUUGAUGAAUUGUCCGGUUUCGUCGGAGUUAUGUUUGAAAUCACAGAAACCGACGUCAAUUUGCCGGGAAGCGUACGGUGGGAAACAAAAGUCUUAAAGAUGUCAGGAUAUGUCAGUUUAAUGAUUUGAUUUUACAUUGAUUAAUAAUAUGUUAUAGUUAAUCGAGAAGAUAGAAUUCUAUUAUAUUGUCUUUUAAUAAAUGGGGAUUGGAAAUUAUU